GUUAUUGUGAAACGAGACCUAUAAAUAACUUAUACCGUACUCCGCGGGAGCAGCACUCUCAUACAUUAAUUCCUUGCGAGACCCGAUCCCCAGAAACCGCGUAAACGUCAGAGCACUCGAAGUUGGAAAUAGGAGGGUUUUUGGCCCGAUUCGCUUCAGAUUCUUCUUGCGAUGGAGGACGAGUUCUCGUUCUCGGAUACGGUCCCUCCGUCGUUCGAUAAGAAAACGGGAAAUGUGGGCAGUGAAGUGAAGGGGUUUAACCCCGGUUUGAUAGUACUGCUUGUGGUAGGAGGGCUAUUGCUCAUCUUCCUUGUUGGCAACUAUGCACUGUACAUGUAUGCCCAGAAGACCCUCCCACCAAGAAAGAAGAAGCCCGUCUCCAAGAAGAAGAUGAAGAGAGAGAGGCUCAAGCAAGGGGUUUCUGCACCUGGAGAAUAAAAGAAAAGGUACAAGACUAGACAGCAACAGCUCAUUCCAAGACUACUCUCAAUCCCAAAGACUGGAAAGCAUAAUCUCAGUUCAUUUCCUUGUAGGACUUUCAGUGUUUCUCUCUGGUGUGUUUUUAGGGUGUUUAGUUUUGAGGUUUUCCUUUUUUGAUCUGGUCAGUUGUGAAUUUCGGACGGAGAGACCGCACCUCGUAAUCCAGCUAUUCGUGUUAGGUAA